AUGGAGUCCCCUACGCAAGCUCCAGGAGAUGGUAUCUCACGUCUCAUCGCACAAUAUUUCGAACUGGUAGACCUCAAACACCUGGCUAUACCUUCAUCAUCCGUCCUCAAAACACCCAUUACCCAGCAACACAUCUACGAUGACAUGUUUAAUGAGGAUCUCCUUUCACCCCUCAUACCACCAGCUACCUAUCGACUAAGAGUGCUGAAACAAAUUAUAGCCAGAAUCGAGAAUGAUCAGCAAUGGGAUCCGGAGGAGGAUGAAAUCAUCGAGCCUUUAAUGAUGGCCAUGACUGAUUUGAUGUCCCAACCAUCGAAUCAUCACUCGUCCGAGAUGAUGAUGAUGGCGGACGCGGAAGAACCGCAGCUUUCUUUCGUCUCUUAUAUGGUCCCGACAAGUGCUGCUGCCCUGACUGAUAGGGAAAGGAAACAAGUGACGACCUUUGAAUCAAGAGGGCUGAUAUACGGCUCCGGGUCGACGGGCUUCCGUACUUGGGAAGCAGCGUUGCAUCUUGGCACGUAUCUUGCUUCUAGCGAUGUUGUGCGAGGUAAGAAGGUGAUUGAACUCGGAGCUGGAACCGGGUUCAUUUCGUUGUUGUGUAAGAAAUUCCUCGGCGCUGAGAGGGUCCUCAUGACAGACGGCAAUGUGAAACUGGUUGAUUUGUUCAACGGGCCGUGUCUAGAACAGAAUAGCUUCUUGACUGAAAAUGCGAAGGAUGAGGCUAUUCAAGGUAGACAAUGGUUUUGGGGUGAGCCAUUGCUACUGGAGGGUGAAGAUGACGAAGAUAAUAAGGAGUUGGUUCCGGAGCAGUUCGAUAUUGCUCUGGGUGCUGAUUUGCGCUUUUCUCGCGGCCUGUCAAUUUUGGACCACUGA